UUCUGGGCGGGGAAUCAGAGGAGCGAAACGGCAGAGCGGAGAGUCAUUUAGGGUUAAUAAUAUUCCGCCGUGGGGGGGAGCGGGGGAGGACAUACACACAGACAGACACACACAUAAACUGCCAACCCGGCGACGAGGUUGGGCCUGCGGUGCCUGCCUGCAACCCAGGAAACAUGGAGCUCGAGAAUAUCGUGGCCAACACUGUUCUGCUGAAGGCGAGAGAAGGAGGGGGUGGGAACAGAAAAGGCAAGAGCAAGAAAUGGAAACAGAUGCUUCAGUUCCCUCACAUAAGCCUGUGCGAGGAGUUACGUCAGACUAUAGAGAAAGACUACAACAGCCUUUGCGAGAGGCAGCCAAUCGGACGCUUGCUAUUCCGGCAGUUCUGCGACACCAGGCCGGAGUUGAGGCGCUGUGUCAAAUUUUUGGAUGCUGUGGCGGAGUAUGAAGUUACGCCAGAUGAGAAGAGAAAGGACUAUGGACAGGAGCUCUUAGACAAGUACCUCAGUCAGAAGUCAGAGGACCAUGUCCCUGAGGUAACAGAGGAGAUGGUGACUAAGUGUGCAGAACGCUUGCAACAGGAGGCAUGUAAAGAGCUCUUCAUGGAGUGCACCAAACUGAUCCAUGACUUCCUUAGCAUGGCCCCCUUCGAUGACUACCUCGAUAGUAUGUACUACAGUCGCUUCUUACAGUGGAAAUGGCUUGAGAGACAGCCAGUCACAAAAAACACAUUCCGUCAGUAUAGGGUUUUGGGAAAGGGAGGCUUUGGCGAGGUCUGUGCAUGCCAGGUGCGGGCCACAGGAAAGAUGUAUGCCUGCAAAAAGCUGGAGAAGAAACGCAUCAAAAAGAGGAAAGGAGAGUCCAUGGCACUGAAUGAGAAGCAGAUUCUGGAGAAAGUCAACAGUCUGUUUGUUGUGAGUCUCGCAUAUGCAUACGAGACGAAAGACGCCCUGUGUUUGGUGCUCACGCUGAUGAAUGGAGGGGACCUGAAGUUCCAUAUCUACCACAUGGGAGAUUCAGGUUUUGAGGAGAAUAGAGCCGUGUUUUAUGCUGCUGAGAUCUGCUGUGGGUUAGAAGACCUCCAUCGCGAGAGGAUAGUAUACAGGGAUUUGAAGCCAGAAAAUAUACUACUGGACGAUCAUGGUCAUAUACGUAUAUCAGACCUGGGCCUGGCUGUGUAUGUACCAGAAGGUCAGACAAUCAAAGGACGGGUGGGAACUGUAGGGUACAUGGCCCCAGAGGUAGUGAAGAAUGAGCGUUACACAUUCAGUCCAGACUGGUGGGCUCUCGGCUGUCUUCUCUAUGAGAUGAUCCAGGGCCAAUCACCCUUUCAGCAGCGCAAGAAAAAAAUCAAGCGUGAAGAAGUGGAGCGGCUAGUGAAAGAGGUGGAGGAAGAAUAUUCCAGCAAGUUCUCAGAGGAUGCCAAAUCACUCUGUCAAAUGCUGCUAGCCAAAGACCCUAAUGAGAGGCUUGGCUGUCAGGGGGAUGGAGCCACAGAGGUGAAAGACCACCCUAUUUUUCGUUCCAUCAACUUCAAGCGACUUGCAGCAGGCAUGCUCGAAGCACCCUUUAUUCCAGAUCCUCAGGCCAUCUACUGUAAGGAUGUGUUGGACAUCGAACAGUUCUCCACAGUGAAAGGGGUGGAGCUGGAGCCCAAAGACGACUCCUUCUACAGCAAAGUAUCCACUGGAAGCGUUCCCAUCCCCUUUCAAAAUGAGAUGAUAGAGACGGAGUGCUUUAAAGAACUUAACAUCUUGAAUUUGGAUGGCACUGUGCCCCCUGACCUGGACUGGAGAGGUCAACCCUCACCCCCACCCAAACAGGGCUUACUGCAAAGACUCUUUGGCCGGCAGGACUGCUGUGGAAAUUGCAGCGACAGUGAGGAGGAGCCCACACGGCUGUGAAGGCGUGGCCUGGUUGUGGCUCCUCCCCUACACCACUGAGGAUCUCAUUUGUUUACAGUUUUUGCACAUUUGUAUUUUUAAGAUAGCUCUAUAUAAACAUUGGAAUGUAUAUUUUCACUAUAUAACCAUGCAGUGUAUCGUAUUUAAAGUCAUCGAAAUUAAAAGGACAGAAAAUUAUUAUUGUCCUUGACGUAUGGAAAGGACACAUCGUUCAACACUGCUCAAGUCUCAAACCCGGUUGACCCAACCGAUCCUGUACAUUUCUUCAGUAUGUCUUGCAGCCUCUUUGUGCUUUUUUCUUUUUUAGUUCUUGUACAAUUUCACACACACAUGUACAGUAUGCACUCUGAAUAUUUUUUGUUUUAGAUGCGGGGACAAAGGAAAUUUGCUUAAGCAGAUAUUUUUAUAUUUAUAUUUUGAAUUUUAUUUUCUUAUGGUAAUCUCGACAAUCAAAUGACACCAUUUGUAUAAAAACAGUGAUAAAUGUGCAUUAAUAGAAUAAAAAAAAAAAGCAAAAACAGGAAGUGACUAUAAAACAGAGGGAAAUUUUAACAUCAUAAAUUCUCUACCAGAAGUCUCAAAUGUGUAAAGUUACUUAGCUAGAGAUACCUAGAAAACCAAAUAGACGUGACUAAAGUGCAUAUAUGUACAAUAACACCUGCUGACAGUUGUACCAUGUUGUAAAUAUGCGACACUCAUCUGUAAAGUCUUCAGCGCCGUCUUCCUGCUAAUUCUUCUCUGGAUAAUUAGGUAAAACAUCCUGAUUAUAGUACUGUGUGACCCAGAUGUUACAAAAUGUGUCAAAUCAUGAGGCAUUAUUUUCCAUUUACGAUAUAUUUCACAACAUGACUGGUAACAACAUGACAGUAAUUUGUCAUUCCAGCUAUGAAGACCGAAAGACUUUAAUUAAGGUCUGUUUCACACUGCACACGUAAGCAGAGCGUAAGCAGCACAUAUUUUCUUGUCGCUCAUGUUAACAGAUUUGAACAUUCAUACUGGAUGCUGAGGCGAUGCGGUAAUGCAUAGCAGAGCAGAAGCAGCAGUGCCACAAAUAUUUGCUUCAUUGCUCACACAGUAUUUUUGGGCAAAAUAUGCAUGUUGACAUGAAAAAUGAACAAAUUUACCAUAAAAUGAUAAAAGUGAUGUCUAUGUCAUCAAAUGACUGCGAAAAAAAUUUUUUAAAUCCCUUUUUUUUUUUUUUUCUUUGUUUGCCCAAACCUCAGAGCAUGUUGAAAUUAUUACAGUUUUUCUCAAUCGAUUAAGCACCUAUCCUCAACUCAGGUCACUGUUCUCAAAACAGUUAAUACAGUGACCUAAACACUGUAUAAAUGUCCUAAACAAAACAGUUGUAACACAGUACAAAACUUCAUAUUCACGAGAAGGAGGAGGCGGGAACCGGCGGACAAUCAAAUUACAUUUUAAUAAUCAAAAUAAACACAAAACAGCUCGGCAGCUCCUCACGGACAACUGCUGCGCACAAACCAAAUCAAAACACAAAAAAAAGUCCAGGCCUGGUCCUCUCUCGUCCUUCGCUGUCGUCGCUCCUGUUUUAUAUCCUUUCAUCUCCUCGGUGGGACUCGAGACCUCGCUCCGUUCCCACGGCUCUCGGCCCUGACCCACUCGCCACAUAUAUAUUUAUUUAGAUUUACACAAUAUAUAUAUAAACAACUCUUUGCAAUAAACAUGCAUUUUCAUUAGCAUAUUUGUGUAUUUACAGCUGAAUGUGUUUUAUAAUCAAUAUAGAACACACCUAUAGAUUUAAAGUUAAUAUUUAUUUUUAAUAAAUGAAUUACUAGAAAAAAUAGCAUUGCUUCAUUUUGCAGUAAAGUUGAAAUAUUUGGUUAAGAUAAUUUUGAUGGCUGUGCUAAUUGUUUUGAGAACAAGUACAUUGCGUUGGAGAAAAGUGUCAAAUCGAUUGAGAAACCCUAAAUCUUUAAGGGUUGGUUCACUGAAAGUGAAAAUUCUGUCAUUAAUUAUUCACCCUCAUGUCGUUCCGCCAUUUUCCGCUAUUCAUAUGCACAGCUUUCGAACUGCUAUCGCUCUGCUUAUGCAUCCAGUGUGAAACAGCACGUCAUCAUAGCUUAACAGUUCAACAUGCUAAUAGACCAUAGAAAUCUUACUUAACGUUUUUAGAGUAGAUAUGCGCAAUUUUAAUGGGCUCUGUAUCAUUUAAUUGCUGCUUUUUUAUAUGUAGGUCAAACAGAAAUUAAUUUGCCAAAAAGAAAUGUUUUGUGUUAUGUAUCCCCUGCAAUCACAAUAAGCUCUUUACAUUUUCAGUUGCUUGGAAACAUGAUGUCUUGGGAACUUUGUUGUAAAUUUGAUCUUGAUUGAUGCACUUAAGACCAAACCAGUUCCAUUGUUGUCCUCCAUCUUCAUAGAAGCUGCCUUUAAAGUAUUAAGGUACUCAUCAUUAGGGAUUUUAAUUCAAAUGUCAUAUUUUUGAGUUAGCUUAGCAUUUUGUGCGCACACUUUCUGUUGUCUUUGCUGUUGUUUUACCUCAAAUAUUACUGUGCCCUGUGGAUGUUCAUUUUUUUUUUUUUUUUUUUGAAACUUGUGAAUUCUUAUGUUGGACAUCGUAGUAACUCGCAAAAGCUUUUGGACUUUGUAUUGAAGCCUAGCUGAUUGUGUAACAUCGGUGGCCUGCCAACUCAAGGGUCUGUAAAACAGGAAGUCCAUGGAAACACCAUCAGCUAAUGGCAUGGUGGCUCCUUGACUGUCAACACAUUUCUCAUCCAUCUGGAGUUUACGUUAAUUCUCUUGGACAAACUCAAAUACAUUCCAGAUUCUAGCGCACUGUACAGUUUUUGGUUUGUUUGUUUAUUUAGCAAUAAUGGGUUUUAUAAGUAUAUCUACUAUAUAAAUGUGUAUAAAAGGAUAACAUUUUGAAUCUAGAGUGAGACGGAACUUAGUUUGACUCAAUGCUUUCCUGAGCCAGGCUUUUAACACUGUGAAGUGAUCAUUUCUUUCAUAUCUUUUGUUGCUUUUGUGCAAUGCACUGAUUUUAUUUCUGUUUAUAACUGUGUAUGUACAGUAUGUGUGCCUAAAUGCUGUAUGACUGAGUGUAUGUGUGCUUUUACCUGCACUGCAUGUGCCCGGGGUUUUUAUUUUUUAUUUUUUGCCAUUUUUAUUUUUGCCCUAAAUCAGACUAAUGUUACGUUCUAGGGGAGCUUUCAGUGUUUGUUUCUAUUCUAAGAGGAAAGAUGGAGAACUUCAGGCUCAUUGAUAAUAAUGUUAUCUAUUAUUAUUACUGCCGGUUAUUUUAAUAUCAUAGAUUUCAUGUUUACCUCAAGGCAGUGGUGGAGCUAAACUCAAAAAUUUCUUACAAAAAAGACUUGUACUGAGACGUAGACAUGCCAGUGCUUUAGAGAUCCGUUUCGAAACGAAAAUGGCAAACUUCCAGCCACAUUUGUCAGUGUUAUUAAUUCAUUUCAGUUGUCAACAAUAAAAACAGACCGUGUGAUAUGAACUCUUACAUAUUAGUACUUCUGCUGUUGUUGUUUUUUUUGUAUAAACAUCUUAGAAGCCUCAAAGUGUAUGGUGCCAGUUUAAGCAUCAUAUUCCAUUUGCAAACAACAUGCCACUGAGGGCUAUAGAAUCAAAUAUGUUUUUUUUUUGUUUUUUUAACCGUGUAUAAUGUGCUAAUUUGAGUAAAGAGUGAUGUAUAACUGGAGGAUCUGGCCACUCUAAUUUUUAUUUGUCAAUGUGCCAUUGUUAUUUUCACUUACUAUUGAGUUGUUUUGCUGAUAGUGACUUAAUUGUAAAUUUGUCAAAAACAGAUUUGAACAUAUCUGUAUUAUUUUGAAGCAGCAGUUUUUCUUUUCUUUUCCAUAAUGUGUAGAAAGUGCAUAGCCCUUUCAUUUCAGGCCAGAAGAAUGUGUUUUGUUGCAAUGAGAACUUGUCUUGUAUCGGUUUAUCCAUGUUUUUCAAGCCUUAUUUGUAUGUGAUUACAAAAAAAAGAAAAAAAGAAAAUGGUUUCUGGAUUGCACAUUGAAUACUAAUUUUUUGCUGAAUUCAAUAGUUAAUUCUCACUCAGGUUACUGCCAUCAUUAUGUAUGUUUUUAUUUGCUUCGUAUUCGUACACGGCCUUACUGAUAAAGUUGUGUCAAGUUUCUGAUUUAUAUUUGUCCAUUUUAAAGUUGCAUAAAAGACAUGCCACUUGGAAUGUUACUUAAAGAUUUUGGUGUAAAUUUGUAUUGAUGAUGAUGAUGAUGUUGAUGAUGAUGACAGUGAAGGAGUCUGUGGAAUAAACUUCUUUUCUUUUUUUUUUUGUCAAAGCACUGAAGCUCAUUUCCCUCUGUUAAGUUUCUGCUGUAUGUCUCUGGCCUGUGAAGCCUGUACAUUGCGCAUGGCCUCUCAUGCAGGUCUUCUGUGUAACAAACCGAAUUUUGUUUGUUUUCCUUUUUUCUGCAGUAGUAUUCAACUUCAAUAAAUUUUUAUUUGGUCA